UUCGGAUGCAGAGAUUGGCAUUGAUAUUGAUCCACCUCCAGUCUAUUCCGAUGCAGAGAUUGACAUUGAUAUUGAUGAUGAAGCGCCACGGCAACCAUCACCCCAACAUCCACAUGCAAGGUCCUAUAAUAUUCAAAGGCUUCCACCUGAUCCAGGGGAAAGGAUUCCUAUUUCAGAUUAUGAUGUUAAUGAUCAAGACGAAGUUCGGAGACGGUACAUUACAAAGAAUGCAGUCCAACCAUAUGCACACAACUUUGAAGUCAAGAAAAUGUAUGGUAAAAAUCGACACUUCAACUUUGUUUGGUUUGAGAACUAAAAAUGGCUAGAAUAUAGUGUCAAAUAUGAGGCUGCAUUUUGCUUUGUGUGUUAUUUGUUCAAAGGCAAAUCGAAUGGGGGCCCUAAGGGUGAUGCCUUUGUUAAAGGUGGUUGGAAAAAUUGGUAUAAGCCUGAUGCAUUAGACAAACAUGAGGGUGGUAUUAACAGCAUUCACAACAAAGCUCAAGAGAAGUACAAUUUAUUUGUGGCACCCCAACCAUCAAUUGAUAACAUUAUGGUGAGGGUUCUCAUUUUAAAACCAUUAUGCACAUUGUUAGCAUGUAUUCCACAAUCCUUGAAGUACUUGAUGCUAUUGGAAAAGAUCCUUCACAAAAACGUGAGUGGACAAGAAUACGUGGAGUUGCUCAAGCCAUUGAAUCAUUUGACUUUGUUUUCAAUCUUCACUUGAUGCUUGUUAUUCUUGGCUAUACAAAUGAGUUGUCCAAAUCUUUGCAAAAGAGAGAUCAAGAUAUUGUUAAUGCAAUGGCACUUGUUAGUUUGGCAAAGAGUAGAAUGCAACACUUGAGGUCUCAUGGUUGGGAAGAAUUUCUUGCAAAGCUAACCUUAUUUUGCAACAAACAUGACAUUCAAGUUCCUUUGUGGGAGGAUACUUAUGAGCAUCAUGGAAGAUCACGUCGGUAUUAUGAAGUACAAACAAAUGAUGAUCGUUAUAGAAGAGAGGUAUAUCUUGGUGUCAUUGAUCAAACCAUUCAAGAGCUUGACAAUCGGUUUGAUGAGGUUAAUACGGAGUUGCUUAUUUGCAUGUCGGCUUUGAAUCCAAUCAACUCAUUUGCUUCUUAUGAUGCACUCAAGGUAAUGAGACUUGCUGAAUUCUAUCCCAUGGACAUAUCAAGCACAGAUUUGAUAAGGCUAGAAUUUCAACUUACUACUUUCAUUGAUGAUAUGAGACAAGAUGAUAGGUUUAGAAAUGCAAGUAAUAUUGGUGAGCUCUCUAUUAUGCUUGUUGCAACAAAGAAGCAUGUUCUUUAUGAUUUGGUCUACUUACUCAUCAAAUUGAUAUUGAUUUUACCGGUGGCGACGGCGAGUGUUGAAAGAGUAUUUUCAGCUAUGAAUCUAGUGAAAAGUAAGUUGAGGACUACUAUGAGUGAUGAUCGCUUGAAUGAUUGCUUGGUGACAUUUAUUGAACGAGAUGUGUUCAUGAAAGUAAGUGAAGAUGACAUAGUUGAUGCUUUCAUGGCAAUGCAAAAACGUAGAGUUACCUAGUGAUGUAAUUUUCUACUUGUGCUUCUUUUGUGUAAGACUAUUCGUAUUGUAAUUUCGCAUAUUUGAGAUAUAUUUUGUGAACUAAAUUGUUGUGAAA